AUCAAAACACUUGAACCUAGAUGCUUUUGUGGUUCUGGAAUCUACUGGCUUUAUUUUACAGGUAACCAACUGACUCAUAUUCCAAAAGGAGUGUUUUAUAAAGUACCAGUCUUCUAUUUGGAUUUCACUAAUAACAAAAUUUCAAAAAUUGAUAAAGGAGCCUUAGCUGCUCUUUCAACGCUAACAUUUGUUCGGUUGUCUAAUAACAAUAUUGGAGAUUUGAAGCUGUCCACUCUUGGCGACCUCAAUACUUCUUUAAAUGGUCUAUCUUUGAGUGAUAACGGCAUUUCAAAUAUCCAUAUUGGAGUGUUCAAAAAUACUAAAAUCGAUAUGUUGGACUUAAGCAAAAACCAUAUAAAAUCGAUUAAAAAAGGACUGUUCCAUAAUGUUAAAAUGUACACCAUUAAUUUGAGUGAAAAUGAAAUUACUGAAAUAGAGGAAGAUGCUUUUGGUGAUAUCGAGGAUUUAAGUCACAUAGAUGUGAGCUUGAACAAACUUACAGAAGUUAAGAAGAGGAUGUUCAGUCUACCAUUGGAUGAAGUUAAUUUGGAAGAUAAUGUAAUAACUAAAAUCGAUAAUGAUGCCCUGAAUGGUCUUCCGCUGUCAAGUCUUCAGAUAAAAAAUAAUCGUAUUGCUGCCAAGAACAACGCUUAA